AUGGUUUCAUCAACAAUAGUGAUUCUUCGCUUUGUCUCAUUUUUCGUCUCUUUGAGCAAAGUGACUGAGGCGCAAAUUAAUAAUUCACCUUGCCUUUCUCAAGAAAACCAACUGGUCGUGUACCCUCUCGAUCCAAGAGAUGACGAUUGGAAGAAUUUUAAUUUCAGAAGUAUUUUGCAAAGCCCUAAGAAUGCACUCAGGGCAGAGUCUGGGGAUCCGCCAGGUAGCUCAAGCCAAACUUUUGUUGUGCCGAAUCGUAGUACGUUGAGAGAUUCUGAUAGAUUUUUCAAGUCAAAAGACAAUAUUAUCAAGUUGGAGGAUACAAAUGAGGUGAUUUAUUACGAUGAAGGUUCUCAGAAGUGGUACCUUCACCUUUACAAUAAAGAAAAUGAUGGGAUCUUAGAUGAAAAUACACAGAAGGUACCAGUUUCAUGGUGUUUAGAUAUGACCGAUGGCAAUGAAGGUUAUAUUUCUCCUUUAAUCGAAAUUGAAUUGACCAGUGGAGGAUCCAGUGGCAUUUCAGGGGGCUUCGCUGGUCUUGGACAAUACAAAGGAGAUAUUCUCAAACUUGCUUUCGGUGUAUCACUUUCUACGUCUGUGAAAUUCAGUGGUGGAGUGACAUGUAUUGUCAAGGCAGGCCAAUAUGGACAAGUGUUCAUCCAGCCGUAUGUUUACAAAGUGCCCAAAGGGAAAAGAGUCCAAGUUCAAUUCGAGAAAGGAAAAGGCUUAAUUGAGAAGGGUAAGUGGGAAAAGACAGAGUCUUACAAUAGGUAUUGGAUUCGGCCACCUAUGGUUGAAUGUGCAGUCAGUUAUCAUUCCCUGUUAUGUACAGGUUUUUUCCCUAGGUGA